AUGGACGCCCAAGAAUCUAAAUCAGCUGAUUCGACCCUUAAUCCCGAACAUCUAUACAAAGGACGGCGAGCCUCCCUGUCCCUCGACAUCGUAGUCAUAGGAUGCGGUCUGGGAGGUCUCGCCGCUGCAUACUGCCUCGCACAGGCAGGCCACAACAUCACUAUCCUCGAAGCAGCGUCAGCCAUCGGUGAAGUGGGCGCUGGCGUUCAAGCCAGCCCCAACGUCUCGCGUCUCUUGAUGCGUUGGGGACUUGGCCCACGUCUCGAGGAACUUGGCGUCGAAAUCCAGGCUUUGAGCUUUAGACGAUGGAAGGACAAUGAGGUCGUUGGAUGGACGCCGUUUGGAGAUGUGAUCGAUAAGGAAUACGGCGCCCCUUUCUACCUCUUACACCGAGCUGAUUUCCACCGCAUGCUCCAUGAUGCCACCGAGCCACACUGUAACAUCCGUGUCAAUAGUCGCGUUGUAUCCGUGGACCCGUCGAAACCUAGCGUGACUCUUGCUUCUGGGGAGGUUGUAUCUGCGGACCUGAUCAUUGGUGCGGACGGAGUCAAAAGUAUUACCCGGGAGUAUGUUGUCGGCGGGCCCGAUAAACCCAGGUCUACUGGAGACGCUGCUUACAGAGCCCUCAUCCCGACUGAGAAACUCCUAGAGGAUGAUGAGCUGAGACCACUGGUGGAGAGAAGGGAAUCAAACAUAUGGAUGGGUCCCAAUGGUCAUAUUGUCGGCUAUACUAUUCGUGCCAAGAAAGACUUUAACCUCGUCUUGAUGCACCCUGAUGAAGCUGAAGGCGGCGUGGAAUCGUGGACUGCUGAAGGUAACGUGGACAAAAUGAAGGAGUACUACAAAGGGUGGAAUACCACUAUUCAAAAGCUUCUGGCCCUUGUUCCGUCAACGCUCGAUUGGAAGUUGAUGGACCGAGACCCACUGCCUUCGUGGAUUCACAAGGAUGGCAAGUUGGCCUUGUUGGGCGACUCUUGUCACCCUAUGCUGCCCUACCGUGCGCAAGGAUCAGCCAUGGCGAUUGAAGAUGCUGCCGUCCUUGGCAACAUAUUCUCGCAUUGCUCGGACCGCUCGCAGAUCUUACCGAUGCUCUAUGCCUACCAAUCCCUCCGGUAUGACCGUGCCACGGCGACACAGACGUCUUCAAGUCUGAACCGGCACAUAUUCCAUCACCCCGACGGGCCAGAGCAAGAAAAGCGUGAUAAGGAAAUGCGCGCUGCGAUGGAGGACGCGUUCCGCGUCGCGCGCGGUGAGAAGAGCACACAUGUACUAACAGGCAAUGCGAAUCAAUGGGCUGAUAAGAAGAAGAGCGAUAUCCAAUUUGGAUACGAUGCAGAUGAGGAGGCGGAAAAGUGGUGGGAUGCAAAUGGGGACAGGCUUAUGAGCCUCAUUCCUUCGACCGAGAUCAAGUCAAGGGGUGUGCAUUCUGCAAAUCGCCACUAA